AUGCGUCUUGGACGUCUGGGAUUCUGCAUGUGCAAUGGGAAGCUGACGGACAAACAUCGUGAGCGAAGUUCUUAUAUCCCGCAAUACCGCCGCGAACAGCAUGCUCACAAUCUUCUCGUCUGCACCAUAUUCACAAGCGCAACGCUGCACGCAAACAUGCGGCGCUGCUUGGGAUUCCCGGCCUCAGAGCCCGCAUUGCGGCUUUCGUAA